UUGACAGUACGUAGCGUACGUAAUGGUGGCUGCUUGCGCAAAGCGAUCAUUGCUGACAACUUUUGACAAAAAUUUACGGAAAACUUAUAGAAACUAACAAGGGAACUGGAUAAAUAAUCUAGGAUGAGUGUGUCCCGGGUGGCGAGCUGCUUCAUAUGCAGCACCAGCACUGGUGCCAGGAACACCAUCAGCCUCAUUCAAGAUACGAGUAAUCUACAAUCCGGCAAGAAAUUGUUGGACAUUGUGAGUGAGAUAGCGGAAAAGCCGUUAACCGAAGAGGACAUACAUUCUACAGUAAUAUGCAAGAAAUGCAGUCAGACGUGCAAGGAAUAUGACGACCUGCAAGUGCGACUAAAAACAAUAAAGUCGGAGCUCCACGGACAGAUAAACAAGAGCAGCGAGAGUCCCACCAAGCCGGAUGUGAAGAAAGUGGUCCUACCGGCAUCGAAGCUGUAUCCGCUACCGCCGGACUUCGUGCUCAAUGUCGGUCGACUACCUGCGGUCACACAAAAGGCAGUAACUACUAUACCAUCAAAACUAAGCCUCAAAGUCACCGUAGGCUCAUCGGUCCUCACCCAAAGUAUCAAGACCACUCCGGCGCUCGCCAAAAACAUUGUCAUACACAAAACGGAGAGUGUCCAAGCUGAAGACAGCGAAGAUUUGGUGUUUGAAGAGAGCAGUCUGCCGAAGGAUUUCAUAUCGUCUGUGAUGCUGCAGAGGAUUGGAGAUGAUGGGAAUAAUGAUCAGGCUAUGGAAAUUGAUGAAGACUGUUCAUACGCUAUAGUAACUCAAGAAGACGGCACAAGCGAUGUAACAGAAAAGAAAUCGGGCGAGCAGUCGUCAUACGUGCUACAGAAAUCUGGCGACCAAUCCAUGUUCGAUGUCAGCCUGCUAUCAUCGCUUGAAGACAGCGGAGGUGAAAAUGAGACCGAAGCGAGUACAGACCAGUACAUCGUUGGGAAACUGGAGAUACUGAGCGAGAGGGAAGAUGGAGACGACGAGGAACGUAACCUGCUAUCAUCACAAGACAGCGGAGGUGAAAAUGAGACCGAAGCAAGUACAGACCAGUACAUCGUUGGGAAACUGGAGAUACUGAGCGAGAGGGAAGAUGAAAACGACGAGGAACGUAAAUGGGUGUGUAAGGGAUCGCACUGUACUAUAAUGUUCGAUGUCAGCCUGCUAUCAUCGCUGGAAGACAGCGGAGGUGAAAAUGAGGCCGAAGCGAGUACAGACCAGUACAUCGUUGGGAAGUUGGAGAUACUGAGCGAGAGGGAAGAUGAAGACGAUGAGGAACAAACAAUAGUGAUGUCCGAAGAGAACUCCAUAUUCCGAGUGGUGUCGGGGCAAAAGCUUGUAUACGGCGAGUCGGGGCUCGAGCUGCUCAGUGAAGACGCGGACACGCAAGCCGACAGUCAAGAUGACGAAGAUUCACAGAUAGAGCUUCAAGUAUCUGGGGAUGAGGAAACGGCGAAUGCUAUCAUUGCUGCGGCUCGGGAGCAAGGUGGCGCAUUCAUAAAAGUUCAGUCGGGAGAGAUGUAUCGCGUAAAAUCUGUGCAGAGCAAACCCAAGGAAGAGGAAACGGAUUUCACUGAUCAUAUUGUGGUGAAAGAAGAUGGUGUUUUUAGAUGUGUGCUGUGUAAGAAGAGUAAAGCUAAAGGUUCCCGUACCGGUCGCUGCGCCGGCGACGCGGACUUCAUAAUGCGACACACGAAGACGCAGCACGACGCGCGCGUCUACAUCUGCCGCACGUGCGACAAGGUGCUGCGGCGGAGGGACCACUACAUCGCGCACAUGGCGCUGUACCGGUCGCUGCGCGGGCGACGCGGACUCAUAAUGCGACACACGAGGACGCAGCACGACGCGCGCGUCUACAUCUGCCGCACGUGCGACAAGGUGCUGCGGCGGAGGGACCACUACAUCGCGCACGUCGCUCAACAUGCGAAAGAAAGUUCGAGUCAAGACAAAAGCAGAUUCCACGAAUGCGACAUCUGUCAUAAGAAAUACAGUUCCAAAACCCUACUAAUGGAGCAUAUGAACUUGCACAACGGACAGCGACCAUACACAUGCCAUAUAUGCCACAAGAGCUUCGCUUCCAAAUACACGCACCAAUCACAUCUCAAGACGCAUUUGGACCGGCCGCGACCGUUCAAAUGCGACGCUUGUGGCAAAUGUUUCUUCACACUACAGAACCUCAACCAGCACCACAAGACCCACUCGGGGCUCAAAGAGUUCGAGUGUAACAUUUGUGGCAAGGCGUUCGGCACGCAGCACAACCUGGAGAUGCACGGCGUUGUGCACUCGGGCCAGAAACCGUUCGUGUGCGCCGUGUGCGGGAAGGGGUUCGCGCGCCGCGCCGAAGUCAAGGACCACAUGCGCAUACACACCGGUGAACGUCCAUUUGCGUGUGAGGUGUGCGGCGCGACGUUUUCCCAGCGUUCGAACCUGCACUCACACAAGCGAGCCACACACUACGACGACAAGCGGUACAAGUGUGACCAGUGCCCUAAAAGGUUUAAGAGGCGCAGGUUAUUAGACUAUCACAUCAAGGCGUCUCACACGGGCGAGCGACCUCUGAAGUGCGAAAUAUGCAAAGCUACCUUCGUGUAUCCGGAGCACUACAAGAAACACGCCAGAAUACACAGCGGGGAGAAACCCUACGUCUGCGAGGUGUGCGGCAAGUCGUUCAACUCGCGGGACAACCGCAACACGCACCGCUUCGUGCACAGCGACAAGAAGCCGUACGAGUGUCUGGUCUGCGGAGCUGGCUACAUGAGGAAACGGCUGCUGUAUGCACACAUGAACACACAGGUGUGCGGCAAGUCGUUCAACUCGCGGGACAACCGCAACACGCACCGCUUCGUGCACAGCGACAAGAAGCCGUACGAGUGUCUGGUCUGCGGAGCUGGCUACAUGAGGAAACGGCUGCUGUAUGCACACAUGAACACACAGGUGUGCGGCAAGUCGUUCAACUCGCGGGACAACCGCAACACGCACCGCUUCGUGCACAGCGACAAGAAGCCGUGCGAGUGUCUGGUCUGCGGAGCUGGCUACAUGAGGAAACGGCUGCUGUAUGCACACAUGAACACACAGGUGUGCGGCAAGUCGUUCAACUCGCGGGACAACCGCAACACGCACCGCUUCGUGCACAGCGACAAGAAGCCGUGCGAGUGUCUGGUCUGCGGAGCUGGCUACAUGAGGAAACGGCUGCUGUAUGCACACAUGAACACACAGGUGUGCGGCAAGUCGUUCAACUCGCGGGACAACCGCAACACGCACCGCUUCGUGCACAGCGACAAGAAGCCGUGCGAGUGUCUGGUCUGCGGAGCUGGCUACAUGAGGAAACGGCUGCUGUAUGCACACAUGAACACACAGGUGUGCGGCAAGUCGUUCAACUCGCGGGACAACCGCAACACGCACCGCUUCGUGCACAGCGACAAGUAG